GGCGGGGGACGUGUCGGCGGCCCUCGCCCUGCGCGCGGCGGCGGCGGCGGCGGCGGGAACCUUGGCCGCCGCCUCCUGCUUGCCCUCGCCGCCCGGUGCCAGCCCACGAUUGGAAACUCUCGCCCCUGACCUGCUGGGGGGGGCGCUGCGCUCCUGCCCCCGGCCCGGAUGGGUCUCCUGGCUAGGACUCGGGCCACCUGGAGUUAAUGUCCAACUGGGGGUCUGCGGAGACCAGAUCCGAGGUGCCGCCGCCGGACGGGACUCUAAGAUGAAGUUAUGGGAUGUGGUGGCUGUCUGCCUGGUGCUGCUCCACACCGCGUCCGCCUUCCCGCUGCCCGCCGCUAAGAGGCUGCCCGACGCGCCCGCCGAAGACCGCUCCCUCGGCCGCCGCCGCGCGCCCUUCGCGCCGAGCCCUGACUCAAAUAUGCCAGAGGAUUUUCCUGAUCAGUUUGAUGAUGUCAUGGACUUUAUUCAAGCCACCAUUAAAAGACUGAAAAGGUCACCAGAUAAACAAAUGACUGUGCUUCCUCGAAGAGAGCGGAAUCGUCAGGCAGCAGCUGGCAACCCAGAGAAUUCCAAAGGAAAAGGUCGCAAAGGCCAAAGGGGCAAAAAUCGGGGCUGUGUCUUAACUGCAAUACAUUUAAAUGUCACUGACUUGGGUUUGGGCUACGAAACCAAGGAAGAACUGAUCUUUCGAUACUGCAGCGGCUCUUGUGAUGCAGCUGAGACGAUGUAUGACAAAAUACUUAAAAAUUUAUCCCGAAGUAGAAGGCUAGUGAAUGACAAAGUAGGGCAGGCUUGCUGCAGACCCAUCGCCUUUGACGAUGACCUGUCGUUUUUAGAUGAUAAUCUGGUUUACCAUAUUCUAAGAAAGCAUUCCGCUAAACGGUGUGGGUGUAUCUGACUCCGGCUCCAGAGACUGCUGUGUAUUGCAUUCCUGCUACAAGACAAAGAAAGGGACCAAGGUUCCCAAGAAAUGUUUGCCCAGAAUGGAAGAUGAGGACCAAGGAGGCAGAAGAGGAAAAGGAAGAAGAGGAAACAGUAGAAGAGGAAGGCAGCCAUCCUGGGAGCCUGGUAGAGCGAAAUCCAGCUACAGAAAACUGGAUAGGAGAAAGAACAGCCGUCUGAUGUUCUAGGAUGGCCACAGGUGUCACCAGAAGCUCAGGGCUGGUGUCCCUGCUUGGCUGAUGCCAGCAUUGAUCUGAUACAAUCCACCAUCACCGACCACGGUCGCAGUCGCGGAUGCACACAGAGAGGCAGGCCAGGGUGUCUCCCGUGGUUUGUUUCCACGUGUCUGAAGACACCAGGGAAAUGGCACUCCUUUAUCACUGCAUUUUACUGCUGAAAGUACGAAAGGUUUGCUUUGCUGUCACUCUGGAUUUAUACUCUGGAAAGGAGAGGGGAGAAAAAAAAAAGCAGAGACACAAAAGAUCAUCACUUUUGAAUUUGAAAGCUGAAGCCUGAGGUUUAACUACAAUUAGCAUUUGGGGUAACAGUUUGGUGAUUGAUUUUGAACAUGGUGAUAGGAUGGGAAGAAGUUGGCCAGGAACCCAAAAGGCUGUCUUCAUGAUUCAAAACAAACCCAGAAGUAUUUCCUUAUGUCCUCAGAAACAGGAAGCAAGUUGUGGUUUUCGGCAGUAUUAGAAAGAGCAAGUUGGGAAGGCCCGGGCUGCCUCAGCCAGGGAGAUCUGCCUGGGGCCUGUCGGUUUACAGAGAGACGGAUGUUACAUACCCAACUCCGUUUAUGCGUGGUCACCAGUGACCAGAGAAGCUACUCGAUGCAAUGCAUCUGUUUCAGAUACAGAAAUAUAGAGAAGAUAUUUAUUGAGAUUUAAGUUAUUGUUAUUUAUUACCAUUCACUAAUGAAUUUCUCUUUUCCCUUAUUUAUUAAAGUUUCUUUUCAAAGGUGCCAAAGCAUAUGUGCUCACAAAAUGCAAAGAAAGGUGACAAAAGGAAAUUUUAAUUGGGAACAAGGGUCCAUGCUUUUCAAAGUAUU